GAGAUAGGGUAGUUAAUUGAAUCAAAAACAUAUGGAAUUACUUAUAUAUAAGAACGUAUCAUCGAUAGAACCGAUUGAAAGGCUAUUUCAAUUCUUUGACAGAGUAGAUGGGGAAUGGGGCUUCAGAUGAAUGAAGGAUCCAGGGGACUAAUUAAGUAACCCUACCACGCCCACAGUUGCGAAAAGAGGUCGCUGAUUUUAGAUUACUGGAAAAAUCAACAACAAAUAAUCAAAUUCAAAACAGAGAAGCAAAAACCUAGGGUUUUGCGUGAGGGAAACAAAAAAUCACAAACUCAAAUUAAUAUUAAAAACCUACAAAAAAAAAAAAAAUCAAUUAAUAUCACAAAAUCUCUUGUUGCUCGAAUGAAAGAUCCUCUUGAACCGAGACGGAGAUUACAAUUUUCUGGGGUUUGGUAGGGUUUUCUGGGCGAAGCCAUAAUUUCUUUGAACAGUUGUGGCAGAAGCCUGUUAUCGCUUUCCCACGGAAAACCCAAAAAAAUAACCCGUUCGUAACCUUCUUCUUCCCUUUUCUUCACCAAAUCCCUAUCAAAAUCUUCAAAUCUUUGUGAAUUUUUAACCUUAUGAGUUUCUAAUUAGCGGUAUAUAGGCCUUAGUGGCUACUGAUUGCUGGAAUUUCUUAUUCAGAAAUGGCUUUACAAGAAUUGUUUAUACAGACGGAGAAAACGAAGACCACUGCAACAAAAGUCUUUCUGAAUCCUUAUUCAUCUCCAACACGCUUCAUCAGGCUACCUCCGAGGCUCCUAUAAUGGCUAAUCCAGUAUUCUGUGGUUUUUGUGACCUGCUUGGACAUAAGAUUAGUCAAUGUGCAAGAUAUGAACUAGCACAGCAACAAGCUGAACUACAUCAGGCUGAAAUGGAUGCUCACAUGGCGGCUUUGCAACAACAACAUGAAGCUGACACGCAGUACCAAGAAGCUAAUGCACAUGACAACAUGGAAGCUCAACCAGCUAUGGUGCAAGAAGGCAUGGAAUGGACAGAAGACUCACUAUCCUCAUCCUCAACAAGUUCUCUAGCUUCUGUAGUGACUUGCACUGAUUUUCAGAGAGAAUAAGAUGAUGAAAUUGUGAGCCAAGAAGACAGAAGAUCUCAACAAGAAGCUUUCCAGCAAGUCCAUAACAUGUUGGGUUUCUUGGACUCUGCCUCCUUACCUACUGGUGUUAUGACUGCAGUAACCAAUGGAGCCUCUUCUUCACAAAAACAACUAUCUUCUACUGAACAAGACUACUGGAAUAAUUGGAAUACAAUGGAGAAAUAUUUCAGUGAAGACAGAAGUAUGCCUGCCUCUAAAAGACUGAGAUUGAAUGGAACUGAAUUGAGUAUUGCAACAGAUGAGGCUAGUGACAUCAUAGUGAUUGAACCAUCUGCAACCAAUAUGAAUCAACCACACAAAUGGUUCAAUGGACAGACAAGCAAUGCUACAGUCAAAGGAAAAGACAAGGCAACCAUCUCCAACACCUAAGUGAAUAGCCAUAUCUUGAAAUACAGCAUCAGGAAACCAUUAGGGCCUAUAUGUAUUUUUUUGCUUGAUAACCAGUUUCAUGUUUUAUUUCCUGUAAUCCCUUGUUAUUUUUGGUUUACUUCUUUCCCUGCUUUGUUUCUUUGUUUUAUAGUUUCCUUUGUAUCCCUGUUUUAGCUGUAAAUAUAUCCCUUUGCUUCUUUUAUUUUC